GUGAGUUCGGAAAAAAGCAGGUGAGCUCGACGACAAGCUCACCUGCUCUAAACCAAUCAGAAAGCCGCUUUUAACACAGGUAUGGGAUAAGACUAUUGUUCUCAACUAUUAUUUGGUUACAGUAACUUCAAAGAGCCUAUUGUAGGCAUUGUAGAACGGUCUAACACAGUUCACUCCCCCCUGUCAAAUACCGGUAAAUCAAGAACAGAACCAGUUUUAGAAUUACCUGAACAAUUCCUGGUACUCACGUAUUAAAUGCGCGUGUACUGCUGCAUUGAGCUCAGUUCCGGCUACACUGAAGAGACGCACAUAUCGCAGUUAUCUCGGUUCGUGUUAGUGGUGAUCUGGAAAACGUGGAAAGUUAUAUCAGGAAUAACGUGUAGAAAGUUGCCAAUUACCUCUAGGUAAGCGAUACGUUUUACUUGAGAUUGUUUAGAAAGUUGAACCAGCAUUUGCGUUUAUACAAAAGGUUAGGUACACCUAUAGUCUUGUAAGUUAAACUGCAUCGAAGAACGAGAACGAAUGAAUAUGCAAGUAUGUAAAUUUUUCAUUGAAAUCGCGAAAGCUGAUUGGUUUGCAUAUUUAAACACGUACGAACAGACCAAAGUGAACGAACGAGUGAACGAAUGACAAGCUGGGAUGAGCCGAACUAUGGGAGAUACGUUACAACCCAUACGAGGCAACCUACGGCUACGGGCACGUCUUGUUACACUUUGUCAAGUUUAAACUCAAAUAUCUUGCGAGUUUUUCUGUCACCAUUUAUAGGCUAACCUCUAUGACAUUCGUAGUACUGCAUAUCACCAUUAUUACUAUAUUAGUCGUUGGUCGUCUAUGACUAUGGUCAUGCAUAAACAGCUACAAAUUAUACAUGCUUAACAAUGUUUCCCACUAAUUCGAAUGAAUUGAAUUGAUUCCUAUGUACGUGCCAAAUAUUCAUACAUUCUGCUGCCUUUGGUCAUUUCAGUGUGCUAAACAACUAUUGGACAUAUCAUAAAUUAAAAUGUCAUCUCAGUCUACGUAUCGUAUCGUAUCGUAUCGUAACGAACAGGAGAAAUAUUAAAAUGUUUGCACCAGCGCUUUUAUUGUUUGGAACUCUCUUAAGGAUAGAGCCGAACAAAUAACCUACGCCAGCUGAAACAAAACACACAAUGACAAUGUGGACUGUCUAAACUGUAUAAAAGCCGAAAUCAUGCGCAUAUACGGAACUUGCACUGAUUUAGUUAUUUUCAUACUCAUGGAAAUUGCUUCAUAAGAAUAGAAAUAUUUUUGAAUAUAUAUAUUUGAAAUAUUUUUUAGGCUGGGGUCUUUUGAAAGUAAAGAAAUGCUGGUCACGCAAUUCUCCAGUUAGGCUGUGCAUUGCAGGCCAUACAGUUAGCAUGCAACGUUCACAUUGUUUUGAUUUAUUUCACAUUCAAACGAACUAUUUUUCGCUAACUGAAAACUAAUAGAAAGCGUUGAGUUGAACGAAUGUAAACGGUAUACAGUCGUGAGUCGUUCAGUUAAUGAGGCCAUUCGUUCGUUCUCAUUCUACGGUGCAUGUUAACUAUUGCACAACCUUAGCAUUCCAUGAUUCCAAACAAAUGUCGGGCCAUGUCGUGUCAGUUCAGUAUAUCAAAGCUGAUACUACAACGAAAUAUAGAAUAGGUCAUUAGACGAAGAAUGAUUUCCAAAAAUUAGAUGAUGAAAAUGGAUUUUCAUCAGUUGGUUUAAGUAUGUGGUGCCUAUGUCAUAUGUUCUGUGAGAGGUCGACUCAGUUGAGUUUAGUCAAUAGCUAAAAUUGCAUUACGGCAAACGGUUAAAUAUCCAGUAAUAUUUAGUGUAGUUCCUGGUAAUUUUCCUGGUCCUGCGGUCUUUAUAUUGGUGAUCAUGCAAGCGGAACGGGUACUCGGAAUUGUUACGGGAAGCGUUGUUAUGUUUAGUAAUUUGUACGAUAUCCUUAUGGUAACUCUUGAUUACCGCAAACAAACUUAACAUUGUUUCACAGUGGACCCGAUACCACAGUCUAUUGCGAGACAACAGAAAAAGUAUGAUUUACUAUGAAUGUAUAGCGGUAUGGUUCACAUAUACCUGCGUAUGUCGGCGGGCUAUUGUCUUUAGCAGUUCAACAAAAUAAUUCACAAAAAAAUGUAUGCAUCAAAAGCUGUAAACAAUGCUAGUAAAGGCAUACCGCAGGCAUAUGUGAACCAGGCUUAUGAUCAGUAAAAUAUGUAGACGUCAUAACAUACUACUAAAGAAAAUGACGCUGCCUAUAUCUUUAUCUGCAGCAUGUAAGUUGUGUUGCUAGAUUCUGUGCAAAUAUUCUUGUAUUUGUUUCAUGUUCGUAUAUAAUCAUGAAAUUAGAUCUGCCGCAAGCUGUGACCCUUUGCCCUGGUUCCUGGAAUUUUCUAUCAAAAAGUAGUAUUACAUUUUAAAAACAGAUUAAUUUAAUAACCAUUGGGUUACGGAUCGUAUUAUCGUAUUCACUCAGCUUCUUCGAGUUUUAGUUUCACUUAAAAGUCGCUUCUCUCUCAAAUAAUUAAGUCGAGGGCCAGCUAGCGCUGGGCGUUUGUAUCUGCAGGUAGACUAAAAGUUACAAUUUUUAGACACAUAUAGAUAAAUCCGAUCUGUGAAAGUUUCGUACAAGUUCGACUCUGUAAACAAAAGCAGCUCGAUCGUCUUGGCGAAUCAUCAAUCUGUUUGCACAAUACACCGAACCGGGGAAGUACUUAGCCUUGACUGAAGACUUUCGUUUUCAAUAUUGGCUUUAGUGCAAUUUAUCUUGUUACAGGCGACGCAUUUACGGAAUCAUACAGUUAUAUUAGAUAAUAUAAAAGACCUUUAUAUGAUCACGUCAUCGGUAACAAGAUAAAGACUCUAGAGCCGAUAUAUCAAUCCCGAAAACGAGACUCUAUAGUCAAGUCUAUACUCAUCUGUCUUUCAUAUAAGUCGGGACAGUCAUAGGCUCGGUCCCAGCCAUUCCAUCUUGGGGGCUCUCUUGGAGGGAACGGCUGGGCAGUGCGUUCCGUGUCUGAUCACGUGUUAUUACUAAUUCCAAUAUGCGAUAUUUCUGCAUCAAUUAUAGAAUGUUUAUGGAUGAGUAAUAAAACAAGUCAUUAUUAAAUUAGCCAGAAAUGCUUGGCAGGUUGGAAUAAGAACGCGAUGAAUUGACUGAUGUAAAUUAGCAUCUGUUCGUGCUUGUUUUGUUUGUUCUACUGAAGUUGAAAAUGUAAAACGUCGCACGAAAAUCGCAGGGAGAACGCGGGAAUUGCUGGAAAAUGCUUGUGAUAUUUUGUGUAUUGCUAAAGAAACAGUGCCAUGCGAUAAAUAUUUGUGCUGUUCAUGCCUGAAACAAGUUAACAAGUGCACCAAACUAUAACAAGAAAUUGAAAAUUGUAAAAAUUAUCUCAGGAAAGUUUACUUAAGCGAGAAUGAGAGAUUUAAACCGUGUUUACCCACCGACGUAGGAACAUCUCCACAUGCAUACAGCACCCUCAAAGAAAUCGGCUAGGCCUUCAACUAUCGGCAACGUUAAACCCAAAAAACUUAUUUUUAAAGCGAACGAACUUCCAAAUGAGCAAACUCUGCAUCGAGAACUCAGAAGUCCAAUGCAAAAUUGCUACAAACGCUAUUAAGGAUCUGUCUCGUGUUCCAAAUCUAUAAUACGAGACAUGAUAAUAUAUAAUACGAGAGAUAAUUGUUAUAAUUAUUUAGCACCACGAUUUGCGGUGCUAGUAUUUUGAUUGGCUGAACGAAACAAUACGCACUGCAUGCAUGCGCCCAGCCGUUCCCUCCAAGAGAGCCCCCAAGCGGGAACGGCUGGGACCGAGCCUAGGACAGUCACGGUCAAGGCCGUUUUUCACUCCAACCGUAUCGAAGCGUACGUCGUUUCCUGAGCACUAGAGUGGAACUAUGACUUCGACACAAAAAAAAAUGCCACGUUACAGUUGAAGUGGAAAACGGUCUUUAAUUAAUUUGGGCGGCAAGGAAAAGAAAAAUACCAACCUCUGAUAUAUCAGUGAAACACAUGUCAUUCUGUUUCAAGCGACUAAAGAUGUUUCUUCGUUGGUUUUGCACUAUGGCCAUUAUUCUUGUUGGUCUUCAAUACAGCUAUGGUCAAAACGAGACAGUUUAUAUUUGUGGAGGUGUCGACGAUACGGAUGGUAGAACUGUCUGUGAAUGUAAGACGAACGUUUGUUAUUUCAAACUGAAUAUUGAACAUUACCAGGUAAUGUAGUAAAACUGGAACAAUAAAAUUUAACUCUCCCUGGAACAGUUUAACGAGAAUUAUUUAAAACUGACCAAGCUAUCCAGUGUAAAUAGAUUUAGUUCAGAUUUCUUCUUGUAGGAUUGGAACAAUACCUUGACUAAACCUGCAGCAACGAUAGUCUAAAAUUGUCAGUGCUAUCCAGCGUAAAUAAAGUUAGUUUAGAGGUUUCUCCUGUUGUAACACUGGAUCAAUAAGAGAUGAUCCUUACUAGACCUCUAAAGAGAACAGUUUAUAAACGAUAAAGCUAUCCAGUAUAAAUAAAGCUAGUUUAGUUUAGAUUUCUUCCUGUAGUAACAAUGGAUUUGUAACGGAUGGCCUUUACUAGACCUUUAUAGAGAAUAGUUUAGAACUAAUAGAGCUAUCCAAUUGAUCUGUUUAACCUAAAUUUGACAUUUUUAUCUUGGAAGACAUUCACAGCUUACUCCAAAGACGCGCCAAUAGGCACUCGAGGAAGAGUAUUCUUCAUAAAUGAUACUGGAGUACUGGAACCCACCAUGGAGAACCGCCAGACUUCGCCUUGUAACAACGUAUCCACCUGUACGCAGGCUAACACCGUAGAUGGGAAAAGCUAUCGAUCGUUUAUCAGCGUGAAUAAGAGAAUACCUGGACCUACUUUAAUAGUGCCCGAAGGUGCGACAGUGGUUGUUGAUGUCACAAACUAUAUGUUCACAGAAGAGACCUCGGUCCACUGGCAUGGUAUGCACCAGAGAAACACACCCUGGAUGGAUGGCGUGGGGUACAUUACACAAUGUCCAAUAGAGGCUGGUUCAAGUUUCCGCUAUAUUUUUGAAGCAACACCCUCCGGGACGUUCUGGUAUCACUCUCAUAGUGGCCCACAGAGAACUGAUGGAUUGUUUGGUGCACUCAUAGUUAAAGAGAACGCCAGGACUGCAUCCUGGAUUGCAUCCCGGUUUGCAUACUGGUAUUUGGAUGGUGUUAUGUUUGAAGAUCUACCAGAACAACACACUCUUUCAUUACUGGACUGGCAAAGAGAGUCGUCUUUAGAUCUGUUUGUUCAGAUUCAUUCCUCAUUGGGUUACUUCGAGGACACAGCCGUCGAUGAAAUACCAAGACGAAGAUUAACAAGGUUGAAGGGUUUUGUAGAUGAAAAUUUCGAUUGUCAAUUUUUAUUAGAUAGACCUAACCAGGAACAGUUGAAAUAUUAUUAUAUUUAUAUGCAACUAUAAGUGCUCUGUCAGAAAUCAAUACUGCGGCCCUGCGAUCCCGGUGAAGCGCUCAAACCACUGAGAUACAGAGGCCAACUGCCGAGUUGUAACAGUGAACUCUAAUAAGACAGGAACGAUAACUCAGGUAAACAUGCCCAUACUUGCCUGAAGCCAACCGUGCAAGGAAAUUGCACUUUUAAAAGGACUAAGGAGAGUUUCGAGGAGUGGGUCAGUGGGAUGUGGGAAAUUCAGUCAAAGUUUUAUAUUUUCGACGAAAAUGAGCAAGAAAAGUCGUUUUUCAUCAAAAGACUUCAAUUUUAAAAACCCAAAUACGAUUUAUUUGAUAGUUAGAACUGCUUUGAAUCUCACAACAGCAAAAGUUUGAAGGGUAUCAGGUUUGUUUUCAUAAAAACGACACUAGUUGAAUGUGCCGAAGUAAACUUUGCUCUUCAACUAAAAAAAAAUACUUUGAAACAUAAAUCUACGGACCAAUACCUUUUUUGUAUUAACGUCUAGGUAUAGUUGUUUAUUUUGAGUGCUUUUUGACUUCUCUAAUACGUGAAUAAAUCGAUUUUUCCGUAGAAAUCCCCCGUGAUUUGCGAUUUGUGAUUUGGCGCCCUGGAAAAGUUCGCGCGCUGUGACUUUCAAAAAAGAACUAGAGAGAACUUUCCUCGUAAUUUUGUUUUUUAGCAAAAAUACGCCGAAAAACUAGGUUUUUCGUCCGAAGAUUUCAAUUUCAAAGAUUCAAACUUGGUUUUCUGGAUAGUUCUAAAUAUUCAACAUCCACUAACAGCAAAAUCUGGAAGGGAACCAUUUUUGUAUAUUUAAGAAAAUAACAAAAUAUUUUCCGUGCGGAACAAAAUACGACUCUCAGGUACACAAAAAAUAACGUUAAGUCUUUUCUACGGCUUCCAAACAUGAUUUGUGCAAUAGUCCAAGUAUCGUAGAUGUUUUUAAGUUUUUUUUUAUCUAUGCUCUAGCAUAGCUAGAAAGGCAGAAAUCCGAGUUUUUCAAAGAGGUGUAUUUUCGCCGCCGUACCUCCAAUGGCGGCCUUCAAUUUGGCUUCAAAGAUGGCGGCCGAGUCAUUGUUCCAGUCUUAUUCGAGUUCACUGAGUUGUAAUCACAUGUUCACCAAAAUCACAAGGCCCUGCGUCUAGUGCAGGUUAGCCUACGUGCAGCCUGACUUUAAAGGAAAAAAAAGUAAAUCAGGAUGCAAGCAGGCUAGUGUAAGUAGGGUCCAGAUUUUAAAUAAUUUUUAAUAAUUUACAAUUAUCUUCCUUUUUAGUUUGCUACUUUCCUAUGACGCAAAAGUUCAAAACUAGCUUUUUAAUUUAAUACACGUUUGGAUAUUUUUCAGGUAUGCAUCAACAUGCUCACUUGACGGAGCAGAAGUCGGCCCAAUCCCCUACUGGUCUGGAGUUAUCAACGGUCUUGGCAGACAUGCCAAUGUGGCUUUGAAGAAUUCUAGACUGAGCGCAUUUUACGUUCGACGUAAUUCGACGUACCGUUUUCGAUUAAUUGGAGCUCAGGCGAACUAUGCAUACAAGUUUUAUAUCGGAGGUCAUAAAUUGCGUGUCAUUGCGACGGACGGGUUUUUUAUCAAACCAAUUUCUGCAGAUUUUCUGAUAGUAAACACUGGGGAACGCUAUGAUUUCUUGCUAGACACGAUCGACGCAAACCAGACUUCGGGAACUGAUUUUCUCAUCAGAGCAGAAACGCUGGAGGUGAACUGUAACAGUUUGAAAGUGGACGAAAAACUAGAAAGGAACGAUGCAAUUGCUGCACUAACUUACGGGAACUCUGUGAAUAUGUCUGUCAUUGAAGCAGCUUAUAGAAAUAACUUUUCUAAACCGAAUUGCACCAGCCAAAAUCCAUGUACUGUCGUCAACUGUCCGUUCGAGAAUUGGGCGGAGCCAGGCUACCAAUGUGUUAAUGUUGAUCAGUUUCGACUGUUAAUACCAACGCCUGAAAAGGACAUGCCGAAUUUUAAUUCAGAAUGGCCAGCAAAGGACGCAACGUUCUUCUUUAAUUUCGGUUUUGAUAGUACGGAAGUCACCAGCACGGUUAACGGACGGAAUUUUGUAGUGCCUAGUAUUUCAUUACAGACAGAACAAGGAGAUAAGGAUAAGCUGACAGUGUGUUCAGAUGUGAGCGUAGCAUGCAUGAAGGAAGAUUGUCAAUGUACGCAGAUAUUGGACCUUGGGGAAAACUUCUACAAAAAACCAAUAAGGUGAGAGCUUGUUCAGUUUAUUGUUUAUUUUAUAGUUUAUUGAGUUUCUCACACGUUGGUGAGCGGAUUUCCCAACAGACUAUUGCCCAAUUGAUAAGGGAUCCGAGGUACCUACGAUUUUAACGUCAUUAUCCGAGACGAUAUAUACAGUCUGUUUCUAUACAGUCUGUCCUGGAAAGGGCUACUAAUAAUUGAACAGUACAUCAGCUUAUUUUUAUGUGCAGCUACAGAAAACUUGUUUCAUGUAGUAACUAAAAAUAACUUCCCCUAAUUGAGCCAAUGUCUUAUACACAAAUCAGAAAAAAAUAUUACACAAGCUUUGUUGACAAUGCCUAUACAUGUUGAUUUUCAAAUAAAAAAUCUAAAACUGUAUUAGAAAACUGUUGCUUGCAGGCGUCUUGUUUUGGACGAAAUACAUCCAUAUAUAUAUUCGUCUACAAAUAAACAAAAUACAAGUCAUGUUCAACAUGAUGCAAGCCAUUUAUAUUGUAACCGGCACGUGCUUAUAUUAAAGUUGUCAUAACCUCAAUUACAUUAAAUAUACACGCAGAGUAGCAAACUGUUAUGUAGUAAACGAUUGAACAAAAUUGAAAUCUGCAUAAUAUUUAAGGUAACACAGAUUUUCCUGUAAGGUAACAUAGAUUUUCCUAAUCUAAAAUGUACAUAAUUUUUCCAAAUUUAAGUUUUCUUUUGCCAAAGAACAUUGUUCAAUUGCUAUUAUCAAUCCUGAACAAGUUGCGCGUUUUUAAGCGUGUAGUCUCUAUCAACGUAGCGUAGUAUGGGCUAGUUUUCUUGAAAAAAUAAUUUAAAGUGUAUUUGUUGGAGUACUUAGAACUUAUAUAAAAUUUAAAAAGAUUAAAACUUCCCGUGCGUAUGAAAAACGCUUAAAAUAUUGCUAAACUAUUUCUUGAUUUGGUUGUUUUAACAGAUUCGUCUUUUCAUCAUUGAGCACAAUGAACAACAGUAGAUUUUCCCAUCCGAUUCAUCUACAUGGACACAGCUUUCACGUGGUAAAAGUUGGCUAUGGUCAGUAUGAUUCUCAAGGUGUGCUCGUAAAUGCUUCAUCUGAUUUGGAAUGUAACACACCCUGUACACGGGCACCAAAUUGGCGGGCAAAUACACCACCUGCGGGCAUUCAAGCUGCAGGCUUGACAGUGCGUAAAGAUACGGUAAUAGUUCCGUCGGGUGGUUAUGUCGUAGUGGAGUUUAUCGCCGAUAACCCCGGGCAUUGGUUCCUGCAUUGUCAUAUUGAAUCACAUCAAUUGGAAGGUAUGGCAGUGGUAAUCAAUGAAGUCGAGACCCGCCAGAAUCCGCCGCCGAACGGAAUGACAAGCUGUAAAAGCUUUACAUGGAGUGUGGAGGAGUUUAAUAAGAAACGGAACUGGGUCAAAGCCGAACCCACCUUGGUGAAGAGCAGUGCUCGAAGACCAGUUUUGGAAAACCUGUUUUUGCUUGUUGGUUUUCUUAUUGCGCAAAUGGCAUGA